CCCUAUUUAAAAGUCAAACAUUCCAAGAUGGCGGAACUGGAGGAAAUUUUUCUGUGUUCUUGAGAAACCAUCUCGUUUUUCGAUGUGUAGCCACAAAUUUCAAGUGUUAAUUUGGAUGACAUCGUGUUUUUCUACUGACUAAAGAUACAUUGUUCCACAUGACCGUUCAUACAUGUUACCAUGUGAGAUAACGAAGGUGCAAACUUUUUAAGUGUUUUCUGAGCUUCUGGACCAAUCAAACGCCAUGUCUUACAAGACAGAGAAAGAAGCCUUUGUCAGUAAUCUGAACGGCACGACGGUGACAGAAAUCGCGCUCAUCAACGCCUCCGCCCCGCUGGCCGUGCUGCUGAGAGCCGUGGUCGUACCCUGGCUGUUCGGGCAAGUCUACUUCAAGUUUAACAUUGGGUUUAGAUUUCUGGUGGACUUCUGCCUACUGGUCCUUCCCACCAUGCUUUGUGUCACCAUCCUGGCAGACCAUACCAUCGGGCUACUCUCAGGGGGUGUCAGCAUGGUUCUCAGCUUACUUGUCUUCAACGACAGACACAGCAAGCCUUCAAAACCCCCUCAAAAAACCCAGAGUGUAUCCCUCCAGACAAUUUUUGAGAGAAAACUGUCAGAAAAGGUGCCCUUUGUUACAAACUACAGGGCCUUUGCAAAUAUUGCCACGGCGGUUUGUAUUUUGGCGGUAGAUUUCCACAUUUUCCCCAGGAGAUUUGCGAAGGCGGAACUAUACGGUACAGGGCUGAUGGACGCUGGCGUCGGCUCGUUUGUUGUAUCCAACGCCAUCGUCUCUCCCGAGGCCAGAGGGAAAUACAGAGCAGCAAGGAGUCUCUCGGGAAAGCUAUCCAACAUUGCCCAGUCCGUCAAGUCUACGGCCCCCCUGUGGAUGAUUGGUUUGUCCCGUAUGGUGGCGGUGAAAGCGUUGGAGUACCAGGAACAUGUGACGGAGUACGGCGUACACUGGAACUUCUUCUUCACUCUAGCGGUGGUCAGGGUUCUGUCAACAGCAGUGCUCCAGUUUGCCGGGACUGGCAUGAGUGGCCUUCUGUCAUUGGUCCUUGCAGUGCAGUACCAGUUUGCCCUGUCCAAUCAGGGCUUGCAAGACUUCGUCCUGCACGGUUCUGAUGGUAGGGACUCACGUAGGGGUUUCCUGGAUGCCAACAGGGAAGGGAUCUGCUCCUGCUGGGGGUUUCUGGCAGUCUACUUUGCAGGAGUGGAGCUGGGGAGGUUCAUCUUUAAGAAAAGGUCCACAGUGCAGCAGUGGCUGGUAGCCUGUGGUCAGCUGCUGGUGACCUGUGGUGUGUUCUGGGUCCUGCUGGUCCUGUGUGUGGAGCAUGUGGAGCCUGUGUCCAGACGCACAGCUAACCUCCCCUACCAACUCUGGAUGAUGGUUUACAACAUCCAGAUCAUUGGCAGUAUGCUAUUGGUCGAUCUGGUGGUUGUCAUAGCAGCAGAGCUGAGACUGUUGAAGAGAGACUACAGCCCGAGGAUUUGGGCUCUAGAAAACACCACAGAUGACAGUGAGGAUGCUGCCCCCACUGAACAGCAGCUGCCUGAUUGGUGCCUGCUGUCAGCUGUAAACAGGAACCAGCUGUUCUUCUUCCUGCUGGCCAACCUGCUGACCGGAGCUGUGAACCUGUGCGUGGACACCCUGCGUACUGACCACUUCCUGUCCUUCUGUAUCGUGUUCGCUUACAUGUUACAGCUUUGUAACAUAGUAGUUGUGCUUCACGCUAGAAACAUCUCGCUAAAGUUCUGGUGAUUCUUGUACAAAACAUAUACUGAGGUGCGAGUUUAGUUUGUUGUUUGCUGUUAUAUUUACUUUUAUAUGAAUGCACAUUCCAGUUUAUGGUGAGUUUGUUAUUGGAGAACUUCUUAUAGCAAGGUAAGUGUAACCUUCA